AUAGUACCGAGCUGAUGCAUUUCAUUCUAAUUGAAAAAAUUUUUCAGUUCGAAGAAGACAACACAACACACACUAAACGUUGAAAAGUGAAUCGAAGAAGAACCAAAAAUUGUGGAUUGAAAAACGAUAGAUAAUCACAUCACAAAACAAAGAGUGAAAUUAGAAAUUUUGUGUUCAAUAAAAGAAACAAGUAGCACAAAGUGAGAAAUCGUAAAGAAAAAGUGAAACUAUGACUGCUGAAGUGGAAAUCUAUACCAAAAAAGAACCCCAUUUGAGGUCCCUCAAACAGUCGGGACAUGUGGGCUUCGACAGCCUGCCAGACCAAUUGGUAAAUAAAUCCGUGCAAAAUGGUUUUGUCUUCAAUGUGAUGUGCAUUGGCGAGACUGGUCUGGGAAAGUCCACCAUGAUGGACACUUUAUUCAAUACCAGCUUUGAGUCAACGCCCAGUUCGCAUACUCUGCCCAAUGUGAAAUUGAAGGCCCACACCUAUGAGUUGCAGGAGAGCAAUGUACGCCUUAAGCUAACCAUAUGCGAUACAGUGGGCUAUGGCGAUCAAAUCAACAAGGAUGACUCAUUCAAGGCAGUGGUGGACUAUAUCGAUGCCCAAUUCGAGGCUUAUCUACAGGAAGAAUUGAAAAUAAAACGCUCUCUGGUGGGCUGUCAUGAUUCUCGCAUACAUGUGUGUCUCUACUUUAUAUGUCCCACUGGGCAUGGCUUGAAGAGCUUGGAUUUGGUGUGCAUGAAAAAGUUGGACAGCAAAGUGAAUAUUAUACCCAUCAUAGCCAAAGCCGAUACCAUAUCCAAGGCUGAAUUACAGCGUUUCAAAUCGAAAAUCAUGCAGGAAUUGUCCAACAAUGGAGUACAUAUCUAUCAAUUCCCCACAGACGAUGAGACAGUGGCCGAUACCAAUCAGGCCAUGAAUGACCAUGUGCCCUUUGCGGUGGUGGGCUCCACCGAAUUCAUAAAAGUGGGCAAUAAAUUGAUAAGGGCCCGCCAAUAUCCUUGGGGCACAGUGCAAGUGGAAAAUGAGGCCCACUGUGACUUUGUGAAACUGCGUGAAAUGCUGAUACGCACCAAUAUGGAGGAUAUGCGUGAGAAGACCCAUACACGCCACUAUGAAUUGUACCGGCAGAAGCGUUUGGAGGAAAUGGGUUUCUCCGAUGUGGACUCGGACAAUAAGCCCAUAUCAUUCCAACAGACUUUUGAAGCCAAACGCUCUAAUCAUUUGGCCGAACUUCAAGCCAAAGAGGAAGAGGUGCGUCAAAUGUUUGUGCAGCGUGUCAAGGAAAAGGAGGCUGAACUCAAAGAAUCCGAAAAGGAGUUGCAUGCCAAAUUUGAGAAAUUAAAGAGGGAUCAUGCAGAGGAGAAACGAAAACUGGAGGAAUCACGCAAGAAAUUGGAAGAGGACUUUUUGGAGUUCAACAGACGCAAGACACAAUUGGCCACAUCACACCACACCCUGACAUUGGGCAAAAGCAAAAAGAAGUAGAGUGUGGAAGGGGUUUUCAUUUCAUGUAUUUUCUAAGGGAGCAGGCAACAGACAAAGAGAAAUUUCAACUUAAAACAAACUGCUGCAAUUAUCGUCAUAUUUUUGUUGUUGUGUUUAUAAAUGCCAGACGCAUAAAUGAAAGCAAACCGAAAACCAACAAAACGAUGCCAACCACCCACGUACCACCAUUAGACCCCCCAUUACACUCUCUUUGCUGUUUCUUAUAAGUCUUACUUAGAGUUAACCGAUAUGGUAUAAAAUUUUGCUAAACUAACUUUUUUUCUUUGUCAAAAAGUGUGGCGACUAGACUGCCUGCACAAUGGCUCCCUCUUUUUGUUGUUCUAUGAAACCAACACUAAACACUCAUUUACGCUUUAAGUUUAACGAAAGUGACGCGUUUUUUGCAUUUAAGUAUUAUCACACACACACACACUCACAACGAUCCAAAAAGAACGCCAAUACCUAUCAUUAAAGACCCACAUACAAAAAAUGCUACAUAUAGAGCUCAAAUAUUAUUGUAGAAAAAUAUUUAAAAAAAACCGAUAAUUAACAUGAAAAGAAAUUAAAAAAACUGAAAAUCA